GUUCUGCUCUCGUGUCUUUGCACUGCACACUGCUUUCUACUGUCUAUCACCACAGCACAGAAACAGCCAACCACAUCCAACUGGAACCAUGCAGUCUGCCGAAGCCAAAUUUAACAAAAACAGCCUUCUCUUGGCUCUGAGACGGUACAGCUCAGCCGUCUGUGACAUGGAGCAGACCAUUCUCCUACCGAGCCUGCUGCGAGACGUUCCCUCCGAUGAGGUCUGGGACUGUGAAGCAGCAGAGGAGUCCUGCAAAGACCUGUAUAGCAACUACCUGAUGCUCAAGGCCAUAAGAAACACAGUGGAGAGCAACCUGGUUCUCCUGGAUGACCACAAGGCCAAGAACACAGCGCUCAACAAGACCCUGGAGCCUCUGUUGGUCACAGAUCCUGAGGCUAUCUUCCGCUUCCACCUCAGAGGACUAUUUUCUGUGAUGAGCGACCUCACCAAGAAGACUAACAGUCUCACUGACAAAUAUAUGGACAUCAUUGGAGUGGCAAAUUAUUAAUCAUGCAAGACAAGUGAACAUCAAGCUAAAUAUCUGGUGUUUGUAAAUGUGCUGUAUAUGUAACAGUCAUAUGAUGUCACACACUGUUUACAUUCAGUGACCACAUAACUGAAAGGAUAUGGAACAAACAUGCUUUGUCAAUUCAACCAAAUAUAUCUCUUCAUUUGUUAACUGUAAUAGCCCAUUGGAAACUAUGGUGAAGAUAUGGAAAAAAAAGGUUGAUUUAUUAAAUGACAGUGAAACAACA